UCUUAAAUACUGUGGCUGCUUAUACCACCUCCCUCCUUUUAUAACCACAUUGUCUGUCAUGUGAGUGGGUGGGAUGCAGUGUUUUGCGAUUAGCAGCAAAAAUGGUCUUGUAUUUUGUGUUUAAGCUUCUGAGCAGCAGAAGAGUUCAUGUGCAUCAUUACUGCUACAUAACUGCUACUGUACUGUAUGUGUGAGCUGAUUGGUGUGGAAUAGAUUUCUAAGGAGGAACACAAGAUAUCCACUUUAUUUCCGUUUAUCUGCAUCAUUUUGGCCUGAGAUCAUGAAAAGGUUGCUGUUACUGGAUAUAAUACUUUACGGCAUCUUGUUCAGCAACACCUGGGCCUGGAGUGUUAAAAUGCCUUCAGUCAUUCGUGGACUACACAAAUCCUGCCUUGUUAUACCAUGUAAAUUCACAUAUAGUUGGAAUCCUCCUAGCUACCCAAAUCGGAUAUUGUGGUAUCAGUAUGUUGACCGUGGAUAUCCUAUAGUGUUUGAUGCUUGGCACUCUUCUUCAGUGAUUGAUAAGUACAGAGGAAAAACCAGAUUAUAUUCUGCACAACAUGGGGACUGCAGUCUAGUGAUUGAGCACCUUAGUGCUUCCCAUCAUGGAGACAGAAUAUAUACUUGGGUAGACCCUGAUCAUAUUGGAUGGAGAACCUUCAAAUUCUAUGAUGUUAGUACUUUAAUUCAAAUUGAUUCAUAUCCACAAAACCCCAUUGUUACCAUUUCUGGAGGUAAGAGAAUUGGGGACAGCAUUACAAUUCAGUGCAGAACGUAUCACAUGUGUCCUUACAAAAGCCCCUCUCUGAGUCUGAGGGGAAUAGAAAAAAAAUCUACAGCAGACAAAUUGAAAGAUGAAGUCUAUGGUAAUGGCAAAUGGGAAAUCACACUGACACGUGUAGGGGUUGUUUUGGCUGAAAGAAACAACAUUCAAUGUUCUGUUACACACAGUGGGGGUGUGUCUGCGGUGACCACAACAACACAUAAUGCCCAGUGUUCCACUGAUCGUGUCUGGAUUACUCCUGUUUCCAACACAGAGUUUCUGGAGGGUGUGGAACAAGAAAUUACUUGCUUUGUUACUUACAUGUGCUCCAGUGAUCGACCUAACAUUGUUUGGAAUGAUGGACGGUUAAAAGGAAUCAGUAGUUAUAGAACAAUUCAGGACUCAAAAUCUGAAGCUAAAUCUACAUUAAAGUUCACAGCAAAGGGUGAUGAUAAUGGCAAGACCAUUACCUGCCAAAGUACAUUUAAAGGGAAUCAGCAAAGAGUGUCAAUUACUUUAAGAGUUAAGAGGUCAAUGGGCUCACUUGACUGGAGUUUCACAAUGCCCAGUACAAUCACUGGCAUCCGAGGUUCCUGUGUGGUCAUUCCUUGCAAUUAUAUAUUCAAAAACUCCCAGCGUAGUGGCACAGACGUGAGAUGGUAUAAAUUCUCCACUUCUGGAUACCCUCUGGUGUAUGACAAAUCAUCAAUCAAAAUCGAUGAUAAGUUCAAAGGACGGACAAGUUUGAAUGACGCAUCAAAUGAUAAGAGCUGCAGCUUAAAGAUCCAGCCACUUGAGCUGCAACAUAAUCAGGAAAGACUGUUUCCCUGGAUGGACCAAACUCCUACUGAAAGCUACCACAGACGAAAUUUUAAGGAUGUAACUAUUGCCCUUGAGGUGACAGAUUUUGUUGCGAAACCAGAAGCAGAAAUUCUUGGCACAGCUAAAGUUGGCGAGCCAUUAACCUUGUCCUGCAGUGUGUUACACACCUGUCCUGAAAGACCUCCAACACUGAACCUGAGUAUUUCACAUGAGACAUCAAGUCUCAUACAUAAACCUUGGCAUAAUGGAAUAUGGAAGAUAACCAGAGGGAUUACAUGGACAGUUGAGGAAAAUGAUAAUUCUGUUGCUUGUACUGUGACUUACAUUGGUGGACAGACAUCAAAGACUGAAAUCAGUCUUAAUCCUAUAUGUCCCAUUGAUCAAGUCCAGAUUACUCCUGAUUCAAACACAGAGUUUUUUGAGGGUGUGGAAGAAGACAUUGUUUGCUCUGUUACAUACAUGUGUGCCAAAGACCGACCUUACAUUAUCUGGAGUGGUGAAGAUUUACCUGGCAGCAAGUUUCAAGUAACAAAGCAAGAAAAAAAACAGAUUGCUAGAUCCACAUUAAAGUUCACACCAACAGCUAGGGAUCAUGGCAAGACCAUUACCUGCCAAGCAGAUUUUAAAGGGAACGUUCAAACAGUUAAAAUCACAUUAAGAAUAAAAAGGUCAAUGGGCUCACUUGACUGGAGUUUCACAAUGCCCAGCACAAUUUCUGGCAUUCGAGGUUCCUGUGUGGUUAUUCCAUGCAAUUAUGAAUUCAAAAAUGUCCAGCAAAGCACAACCAACGUAAAAUGGUAUAAACUCUCCAAUACAGGUUACUCUCUGGUGUAUGGCCAACCAACACAAAAUAUCAUUCAACAGUUCCAAGGAAAGACAAGUUUAUUUGGCUCCUCAAAUGACAAAAACUGUAGCUUGAAGAUCCAGCCGCUUGAAAUGCCACAUAGUCAGGAAAGGCUGUUUCCUUGGAUGGACCCAAAAUCUAUUGAAUCAUACCACAGCAGAAAUUUUGAUCAUGAAACUAUUGCCCUUGAGGUGACAGAUAUUGCAGCGAUACCACAGGCAAAUCUUCUUGGUACUGCAAAAGUUGGUGAGCAAGUAAUCUUGUCAUGCAGUGUGAUACACACCUGUCCUCCAACACCCCCAAAUCUGAGCUUGAGUAUUUCACAUGGCACUUCAAAUUUAAUACACUCACACCUUUAUGAUGGGAAAUGGAAGGCAACCAUAGAGAUGACAUGGAUCCUUAAGGAAAGUGAUAAGUCUGUUACUUGCACAGUGAGUUACGCCGGUGGACAGACAUCGAAGACUGAAAUCAGUCUUAAUCCUUUGUGUGAAUUUUACAAACCGGUAAUAAGUCCAGCCCAAGAAGAGGUUAUGGAAGAAAUCGAAAAGACCUUCACUUGCACUGUGAACCACACAUGUCUAAAAGAAAAACCAAACAUAAUCUGGAACUAUCAAAACAUGCCAGUUUCUGUUACAACGCGUAAGGUUUCCUCCUACAUGUGGGAAACGGUUUCCACUUUAAAACUGAAAGCAUCAAGGGAUGACCAUGGGAAAACACUAACAUGUACAGCUCAAACUUUAGAGGGAGAGACUUCAGAUCAUGUGACUUUAAAAGUAAAAAGGGGGAUGUUUUCAUUGGACUGGACAUUUUCAAUGCCAAGUAAGAUUAAAGGCCUUCGUGGAUCCUGCCUUGUCAUUCCCUGCAGCUUUGAGUUUAAAACAGAAAAACUUAGCAGUGUUCAGGUAAAAUGGUACCUAUUCUCCUCAGCAUCAUACCCUUUAGUGUAUGACCCAGAUAAUAGAGAUGUCAUCAACAAAUUCCUUGGCAAGACAAAACUGUAUGGAUUGCCAAGUGAGAAAAACUGCAGUUUAGAAAUCACUCAACUUGAAAUGUCCCACAGUGGGGAAAGACUGUAUCCCUGGAUGGAUCCAAAACCAGUUGAGACAUAUCACAAGGAAAAUUACUAUGACAAAUCUAUUGAACUCCAAGUCACAGAUCAAGCUGAUAAACCAAAACUAAGCAUUUCUGGCAUACCAAGAGUGGGAGAACAAGUCACAGUGUCCUGUAGUGUCCUGUAUACCUGUCCAUCCAGUCCUCCAAGUCUUUCUGUGGGGAAAGCACUUGAGACUGACAUUACUGUACACACUCCAGUACAUGAUGGCUUUUGGGAGAUCACCAAGGUUCACACAUUUAUAAUUAAGGAAGAGGAGAAAACUAUUACAUGUAAAGCCACAUUCCAUGGAGGACAAACAUCUGAAGAACAAAUUGAUCUCAAUGCCCAGUGUACAUAUAAGGAUAUAACCAUUGACCCUGAUGUGGCUGAUGUUGUAGAGGGUGUUGGAAAGAAUUUCACUUGCACAGUUUUCCAUUCUUGCAAGGGUCAUCCUCCAGUUUUCACUUGGAACCACAAAGAUUUACCAGAGACUGUGGAGACUAAAAAAGGCCCUUCAUUAACAUGGGCCACCUACUCCAAUAUAUUAUAUAUAGCUUCACUGGAGGAUGAUGGCAAGAAAUUGACAUGUACUGCAACAUUUACGGGUGGAGAGAUUAUAUCUUCUAUUGUUUUACAGGUUCAAAAAUAUGUGCCCAAAGUGGUGGAUCCCUUUGAGAAUGACACUCUUCACAUUUUUGAGGCAAACGUGGUACCCAAGAUCAGUGCUUUGACCCGCUCCUGUGUGGUGAUACCCUGUACUUUCCACAUUGGUGACAUGCCUAUUAUGCGCCUUCAAGGUUUGUGGUACACCAGUAAUGGUGAAUAUGUUUACCACACCGGACAGUUUGAUGUUAUGGACAACUUUAAGGGCCGCACGCAGCUUCUGGGGAAUCCGGAUGAACAGAACUGCACUUUAGAGAUUGAUAAUGUCCAAGCUCAUGAUAAUGGGCCAUUCUGUUUCCAUGCAGAAAAAGGCAAUGAUAAGUACAGAUUCAACCACAGCUGUGUGUUCAUCAUUAUGAAAGCAUCUCCAGACAAGCCUGUGAUAUCGGGUCUUCCAGAGGAGAUGGAGCCAGGCAAGCGAUUCACAAUAAAGUGUACUGUUACACAUACGUGUUCCUCACAUCCCCCAAAAAUCACAUGGAAUGUUCAGGCUGCCCGAGAAGUGGUGAGCCAUGUGGAGAGAAGUGCAGGUAAAUGGGAAACAACCUCCACAAUUAUUUUCAUCCCAACUGGCUAUGAAGAAGAAGAUAAUCUCAUUUGUCAAGCUACUUUCUGGAGAGGAAAGAAAGAAGAAAGCUCAACAUUUUUAAGUGUGAAAAGAUAUGAAGGACUGGGUAUGGUGACUGUGGGACUUUAUAUAAUUCUGCCAUUGUUUUCAUUUUUCCUUCUUUCUAUUGUUGCUGGAAUUAUCAUUUAUAGGAGAAAAGUCCAGAAGAAAACUAGUGAUGAACCAACAACUGAAAGAAGAAGAUCAAUUUGGAGUCAAAUUUCAAGGAGACAUGAUGGUGCUGCAAAUUGGUUAAACUCUUCUGUGGAAACCCGCACACCUCCAAGGCCUCCAAAACCAGAGAAAAGGCGUAGUAUCUGGAGCAGGUUUUCUAGGAGGGGUCCAAUGGCCAGUACAGAUCUGACAGUGCAGUACUCUGGUGACAGAACAAACAUUGGCAGUGCAGCAGCCACAUCUGCAGGAUCUUCUAAACCCCACUUUCCAUCACCAAAGUGUGCACCGAAAUCCUACAUAUCAGGAGCUGGCCACUUAGCACAUUAUGAUAAGAAUGAUUACAGCAACACUGGAGAUUUCAAAAUGCGUCGAAAAAUGUAAUGAUGACAGAAGACAGAGUCUUCUACUUCUACUAUGCAAAAGUGCUAUUAUUGCUGUUUUUGUUUUUAAUAAGGCUUGGCUAAUUUGAAUCUUAUGCAGUUUUUAGUUAUGCUUGUGUAGAAUAGUCAAAAAACAUGGAAGUAGUUACCAUAACAGGUGUUUUGUAAUGCCAGAUAAAAUAGUGAUAUAAGGAAAAGCAACUUGGAUACUGAGAAUAAUGUAAACAUUUUUGUUCUUCAACAUUAAGAAUGUCAUUUUAUUUUCAGAUAUAUGUAUAUAUGUAUAUGUUGGCAAUAUAUGAUUCAUAGACACCAUUUUAUAACAUAUUGUCUCUGACAAAUUCUUUAUGUAUUAUGUUAUGGGCAUGUGAAAUGAGAAUAAAGACUGCAACAU